CGAUGCAUUCUGGGAAAGCAGCAGCACCAGAUCCAAGAUGGCGGCCAGCAGGAGGCUGAUGAAGGAGCUUGAAGAAAUCCGCAAAUGUGGAAUGAAAAACUUCCGUAACAUCCAGGUUGAUGAAGCUAAUUUAUUGACUUGGCAAGGGCUUAUUGUUCCUGACAACCCUCCAUAUGAUAAGGGAGCCUUCAGAAUCGAAAUCAACUUUCCAGCAGAGUACCCAUUCAAACCACCGAAGAUCACAUUUAAAACAAAGAUCUAUCACCCGAACAUCGAUGAAAAGGGGCAGGUCUGUCUGCCUGUAAUUAGUGCUGAAAACUGGAAGCCAGCAACCAAAACUGACCAAGUAAUCCAGUCCCUCAUAGCACUGGUGAAUGACCCCCAGCCCGAGCACCCACUUCGGGCUGAUCUAGCUGAAGAAUACUCUAAGGACCGUAAAAAAUUCUGUAAGAACGCUGAAGAAUUUACAAAGAAAUAUGGGGAAAAGCGACCUGUGGACUAAAAUCUGCCAUGAUUGAUUCCAGCAAGUGUGAGCAGAGACCCCAAGCAGUGCAUUCAGACACCCCGCAAAGCAGGACUCUGUGGAAAAUUGACACGUGCCACCGCCUGGCGUUCGCUUGUGGCAGUUACUAACUUUCUACAGUUUUCUUAAUCAAAAGUGGUCUAGGUAACCUGUAAAGAAAGGAUUAAAAAUUUAAGAUGUUCUAGUUCUGCUUUCUUUGUUUUAAAAAUCACUGCUUCAAUCUACUUUAAAAGGAUGGUGUUUCUUUUCUUGUCCAAAUUUAUCCAAAAUCUUCAAUUUACAUUUAGUCCUUAAUGUUUAAAAAAAGAGUGGAUCUACUUCCCUUGCAGCACCCACUUUCUCACAUUCAAUUUAUUUUUCGCUCAUUCACUUCCGCAGACCCAGACCUGGUCUCCUCUGCAAAGGAGAAGAGACGGCACUUAGAUAUCUGGUGGCUUCUCUUCUCCUGUGUAGCACUGCUGAUGUGGGAGUUAGUUCAUAUUCUCCAGUUUUUGACUGGAGUUUAUAACAUCCACAAAAUGACUCCUCUAAAAGAUUUUAAAACAAGCAAAUCACCACCACACCACCACAUCCCCAGAAAAAAAGGGAGACCCAGCUCUUACGUAAAAAUCUAGCAAAUGUUACUACAACAACAUUGAUUAAAUGGGCAAAUCCCGAUAUCUGUGUGUGUGUGAUUGAACUCCAGGCUGGCUCAGCCUGUUUGGGGAAACCCUGCAACAUCAGGUUUGUGGUGACCCCCAAGGGCCUUUCAGCCAGAGGACACUGUACACUUGUGUGAGGAAUAUCUCACCAGAGAAGCUUCUGCGGCUAUAGGUUGGUGUUCUUCCUGCAGCCAUUUUAGAAGAUGUCAUUGCAGACAACGUGAAAGCCAGAAUGUCCAUUUGAAAUUCCACGCUCAUCUGUCACCGAGCUCCAUCUGAAUGUGCCACGGAGUUUGCUCUCCAGCUCCUCAAUGCAAGCAGCCCCACCAUGGCCAGCCCUUCCUCCCUCGGCACAGUGUGACCCUUUUCGAGGUUGGAAUUGGCGGGACUCCAGCCAUAGCCAGCACCAGUCUGGGGUCGCCAGUGCCCUGCUGGCUGCUUCCUUCAGAGCACCCAGGCCAGGAACAAGACGGCUUCCCUAUCCCUCUGGACUCAGCCUUUGCGGAGUUAGGCUCCAUUUGAAGCUCACUCAAUAUCCUUUACAUGUGUUUUAUAUUAUUUUGACUGCCUUUUUUUGUAGAAAUAAAAAAUUGACCUUAGAAUUUAUCAUCAGAUGAACUUGUAAGGAUUUGAGUGUUAAUGUCUUUUCGAAGCAAGUGAGACUGUCCCUGAAACAGAGAAUACCUGUCACACCAAGAAAACCAGUGGUCCAAAUGCCAUGUGUCACCAACUCUGCUUCUGUCACUGGUGGCUUCCCCUUCUUGGCUAUGGGGGGCGGACUAGAUCCUGGGAAGAAGACUUAAACUGUUUUUGGUUCUAUAAUUUGAGACCUUUCUGGGACUUAUAAAUCUGUAAGAGCUUGGUUUUAACUGCAGAAGUGGGAAGUGAUGGGUAGGGUAGUUAGCAUUCCGUCACUGAGUUGUCAGGUGCCUUGCCCCUGUGGUCUGUCUGAACUCAGUUUCUUCAGUGCUAGGUAUGAAAGGGGCAAGAUCUGGAGACUCCAGUGUGCCCAAGGUGGCAAGUGCGCCAGACCAGCAUUUAUUUCUGCAUCUAUCUCACUAGCAGAAAGGUGAUGAUGGGCUUCAUUUCACUCAUGCAGAUUUGUAAUAAAAUGCCAAAUUCUGUCAGAAGCUGUCCACAUAAGACACCAUUUGUUCUUGUUGCUUCUCUAAAUCCAGAAAUAUCACCAUUCUUGGAAACUGUCCCUUUGCUUCAUAUUUCUACCAGCACAGCUCUGCCCGCCUGUCACCCCCUCACUUCUCCGCUCCUCACCGGAGGAUAUCUUUCUCAGAGCCGGCAGCCCCUCUCAGGGACUCAGCAGAGGCCUGGCCCUUGGAGAUUGAGGCAGCGGGUGGUCUUCCCCCUCUUGGGCCUGGGCAGCUUAUUCCAUUCAGCAGCCAGUGCUGUGUGUGGCUCAGCCCUUGGCAGGCUUUGAGUACUGGCUGGCAGCCCUGGCUGUUCCACAACAAACAGCUGGGUCCACUGGAGAAGGGGAGCAGCCACCGCUGACCUGAGCCCACUCAGGGAUUCACCCUGUCAGGUUCUAGAAGUGAAGUGUGCCGGGUCCUCCUGUCCUCCCAGCUCCUCCCCCCAUGACAGAGAAUAGGCUUUCUAAGAUGCUGCAAUCUGGGUCUGCUGCCCUUAAUAAAAAUGCUCUCCAAUACUGGUUUGGUUGUGUGGG